AGUCAUCCUAUGUAGCCUCGUCGCUCGUCCGCAAUGACUCGGUUCUCUUUUCCGCUUCUUCUGUGUAGUUAGCCGCCUCUCCUCAACCGGGGGCAAUACGGUCUACUUGCAAUUGGCUUUUGCAAUGGCUUUCCGAGCCCCAGUUACGCGGCUUUCUGGCCGCGUUGCCAGCCGGGCAGCAGUUCCACGGCAUGCUCCGGUCAUCGCACGCUUCUACUCCCAGGCGGCUGCUGCCCCAACCUCGACCAUGGGAGAGAAGGUUCGGAGCAACUUCGAGAGAGAUGCGACCCUGCCCUGUCCCGACCCGGCCGCGGACUCAGCCAGUGCCGCCCUUGUGAAAGAGCAUGCCCCUUUCAUGGUCGCAACCUACUCCCGGCCGCCGCCAGUGUUCGUCAAGGGAGAGGGGUCAUACAUAUGGGAUAUUGAGAAUCGCAGGUACCUGGACCUGACCGCUGGAAUUGCCGUCAAUGCCUUGGGCCACAGUGAUCCCGAGUUCUGUAAGCUCAUAGCCCAGCAGGCCGAGACACUGGUACAUGCGUCCAAUCUCUACUAUAAUCCAUGGACCGGUGCCCUGUCAAAAUUGCUCGUGGAGAAGACUCUCGAGGCAGGAUGCAUGCAUGAUGCGACCGCCGUCUUCGUCUGCAAUUCGGGCUCGGAAGCCAACGAAGCGGGCAUCAAGUUUGCACGCAAGGUCGGCAAGACCAUCGAUCCGACCGGGGAGAAGCACGAGUUUGUGUCAUUCCACGGUGCCUUCCAUGGACGUACCAUGGGUAGCCUGUCAGCAACGCCCAACUCCAAGUAUCAGGCUCCUUUCUCACCUAUGGUCCCGGGCUUCAAGUAUGGAACGUACAAUGAUGUCGAGGGAAUCAAGGAUUUGGUCACCGAGAAGACUUGCGGAGUCCUGGUCGAGCCUAUCCAGGGCGAGGGCGGUGUCAACGUCGCCUCGGACGAGUUCCUUAUCGCCCUGGGCAAGCGCUGCCGCGAGGUCGGCGCUGUCCUGCAGUACGACGAGAUCCAGUGCGGACUGUCCCGGACCGGUGACCUCUGGGCGCAUGGCAGACUCCCGCCCGAGGCGCACCCCGACAUCCUCACGACAGCGAAGGCCCUUGGCAAUGGAUUCCCCAUCGGCGCCACUAUCGUGAACAAGCACGUGGCCGAGAAGAUCAAGGUUGGAGACCACGGCACUACGUUUGGCGGAAAUCCCCUUGCUUGUCGUCUGGCACACUACAUUGUGUCGAGGCUGGCGGAUCCAGCGUUCCAGAAGGACGUCGUUGCCAAGGGGGCCGUCUUCGUCAAGGGGUUCGAGCAGCUUCGGAACAAGUAUCCUAGCUUGAUCACCGAGGUUCGUGGACGAGGUUUGAUCCUCGGCCUCCAACUGACCGAGGACCCUGCGCCAAUCAUCACCGCGGCGCGCGAGAGGGGGUUGUUGGUUAUCACUGCUGGCGCAAACACAUUGCGAUUCGUACCCAGCUUGACCAUCUCUGAGCAGGAGAUUCAGGAGGGUCUGGAUAUUUUGGACGAGGCCAUUCGGACUACCCGAGCAUGAGAUAUGUGACAGAUCUAUUUUUUUACUACGCCAUUGCUUGCAUCAAGGAGGUGUCGGGCGCCAAAAGGCUUCAAUUUACCAUAUAAUUGUCUCGGCCUGGAGCGGUUAAUGCCUCAUCUGCUUUACACUGAAGACGACUGACAUACCAGCCGCUUCCCCUGGCGGCCUCUUUGCCGUCAUUGGACCGAAAUGCACGGCAACGUCCGCUACUAAUACCUGAUGACCCCCCGUCCAUGUAAGUCACAUAGGCAAGUGUACACUGUAGGGGGAUAACGCAAUCCAUAAUAGUGCCGGGCCUGGCGAUAUACUAGACAUCUUCCUUCCCCUCUUAGGGGCUGUCCCUUGCCCAG